GAAAUGAAACUUAGAGGGUGGGGACUGUAGAGAGGGGUGGAGAAAUCAGACUGCUUAGGCUCAAGCAGAGUUAAGGCUCUCCGAUCUCUGAGGCACAGCAAUUCAGGAUGGCAACAGGCAGGGCACGUUCUACGCGAAAGCUCCGGAAUUGGGUGGUAGAGCAAGUGGAGAGUGGGAAUUUCCCAGGAGUGUGCUGGGAUGACACAAAUAAGACCAUGUUCCGGAUUCCCUGGAAGCACGCAGGCAAGCAGGACUUUCGGGAGGACCAGGAUGCUGCCUUCUUCAAGGCCUGGGCUAUAUUUAAGGGAAAGUCCAAGGAGGGCGACAUAGGAGGCCCUGCUGUCUGGAAGACUCGCCUGCGCUGUGCCCUCAACAAGAGUCCAGAAUUUGAAGAAGUUCCUGAGAGAGGCUGUAUGGAUGUUGCYGAACCCUACAAGGUAUAUCGGCUGCUGCCACCAGGCACUCUCCCUGCCCAGCCAGAGACCCAGAAAUCACCAUCAAAGAGACGCCACAGUUCCGUGUCCUCUGAGAAGGAGGAGGAGGAGGAUACCUCGAACAAUUGCACACUCAGUCCCAACUAUCUCCAGGACCCCCUCAAUAAUGAGGUAAGGACUAAUGGGGAAGCAAGCCACUCAGACAGUAGAAGCAGUAGCAGUAGCAGCAGCAGCAGAAGCAGCAGCCCUGAGUCACAGGAAGGUGUGGAUACCACUGAGGCUACUGUUCAAGAGGAUCAGGUAUCCAUGGAGCAUCUCCCCCCUCUGAACUCAGACUACUCGCUGCUGCUCACCUUCAUCUACAGUGGGCGUGUGGUAGGUAAAGCCCAGGUGCACAGCCUGGACUGCCGCCUUGUUGCUGAGUUCUCAGACUCCAGGAGCAGCAUGGAACAGGUUGUAUUUCCCAAGCCUGAUCCAUCAGAGCCCAUCCAGCGCCUCCUGAGCCAGAUUGAGAGAGGCAUCUUGGUGGCCAGUAACUCCAGAGGCCUCUUUGUACAACGCCUUUGCCCCAUCCCCAUCUCCUGGAAUGCACCCCAGGCCCCACCUGGGCCAGGCCCGCAUUUGCUACCCAGCAAUAAGUGUGUAGAGCUCUUCAGGACCACCUAUUUCUGCAGAGAUUUGGACAGGUACUCCCAGGGCCUGGGCCCCCUACCCAAGUUCCAGGUAGCACUGCAUUUCUGGGAGAGAAGCUCUGACCCCAACAAUACCUCACAGAAUCUUAUCACAGUGCAAAUGGAGCAGGCCUUUGCCCGACAUUUACUGGAAGAGGAGCAGGCAGCCACUUUUAUCCUGCUGUAGUCUAGGGGACCCACCUGCUGCCUCACCUCUCUAUUCCUCCUUUCUCCUUUGAAAUAAACUCAUGCUUCACUCUG